AAAGAGGCUGAACCAGAGGCUGAACCAGAAAAGAAAGCAAAGCCAAUGUGAAAUAUUGAAUGAAGAUAGUGGACAAUUACUACCAACUUGUUCCCAGUCUGAAUUAUACAGCCUAAGCGGGAACUGCCACGUGAAAAUGACACAGCAAAUGCAGAACUUGAACCUUUCGCAGACAAAAAAGAACAGUGGGCCAUCUUCUCCGAAUGCUGCUAAACGACUGUAUCGCAACCUCUCUGAGAAGCUGAAAGGGAGUCACGCAUCAUUUGAUGAGGCAAAUUUCAGGGCCAGAUCAGAUCGACUUAGUCUCCGAAAGACUUCUGUGAAUUUCCAAUGCAACGAAGCUAUGUUUGAGGCGGUGGAACAGCAGGAUUUGGACGCUGUUCAGAUUCUCCUCUAUCAAUAUACACCAGAGGAGCUGGAUCUAAACACGCCGAGCAGUGAGGGAUUAACUCCCUUGGAUAUUGCCAUCCUGACAAACAACGUGCCUAUCGCUAAGAUCCUCCUGAGGAUUGGCGCAAAGGAAAGCCCACACUUUGUUAAUAUGGAAAGCAGGUCAAUGCAUCUGAGCACUUUGGUCCAGGAAGCCCAGCAGCGAGUGAGUGACCUGUCUGCACAAGUGAUGAAUGAAGGUCUUACUAUGGACAACACAGACAAAGAGAAGCAACUAAAAGCGUGGGAGUGGAGAUACAGGCUAUACAAGCGCAUGAAAGCAGGCUAUGAGCAUGCCAGAGCCUCUGAGGCGCCAACCAAUGUCUGUUUCAUAGUAACAAGCAGCACAUCACUCACUGUCACCUUCCAAGAACCUCUUAGCGUCAACUCGGCUGUAGUGACCAAAUAUAAAGUGGAAUGGAGCUGCUCUGAAGACUUUUAUCCGUUGGCUGGGGAAAUAAUCAUGGACAAUCUUCAGUCUUUGAGAUGCACCAUCACAGGCCUCAGAAUGGGCCAAAGUUAUUACGCUCGUGUGUCAGCAUACAACAUGAAGGGAUGGGGACCUUCACAGACUACCACUCCUGCCUGUGCUUCUCCUUCUAACUGGAAAGACUGCGAUGGCAGAGAACCUAGGCACUGGGGACAUACUGAAGCCCUGGAACGUCUCCUUCAGCAGGUUCGAGCGGCUCAUCAGCAUUAUAGUUACCGAGAAAGUUCUAAACUACAGAAUGCUGGUCGCAAGCAAUCAGUCUCCAGGAGCCUGAAGCAUCUUUUCCAUUCUUCAAACAAGUUUGUGAAGACUCUGAAACGUGGACUGUACAUAGCUGUCAUAUUUUAUUACAAAGACAACUUGUUAGUAACCAAUGAAGAUCAAAUCCCAAUUGUGGAAAUUGAUGACUCACACACCAGUUCCAUUAUGCAAGAUUUUCUGUGGUUCACAAAGCUGUCUUGUAUGUGGGAUGAUAUCAGAUGGCUGAGGCAGAAUAUGUCCAUAUCCAUGUCCUCAUCAACAGCACUUCAAGCCAGGCAAAAGAUGGUUUCGGCAACCGCACAGUUACAGAACUUGCUGGGAACUCACAACUUAGGCAGAGUUUAUUACGAACCGAUCAAGGACAGACAUGGCAAUAUCCUGAUAGUUACGAUAAGAGAAGUAGAGGCUCUCUAUUCAUUUUUUAAUGGCAAAUGGAUGCAAAUAUCCAAGCUACAAAGCCAGAGAAAAUCCCUUUCAACUCCCGAGGAGCCAACGGCAUUAGACAUCUUGCUCAUAACAAUCCAGGACACACUUUCCUAUCACAGAAGAAGCCAGCAGCGCCUCCCUCCUGGCUUGUAUCUGGGUUACCUGAAACUCUGCAGCUCCGUAGAUCAAAUCAAAGUCCUUGUACUGCAAAAGCUGCCCAACAUUCUGUGUCAUGUUAAAAUUCGAGACAACAGCAAUGUUUCCAAAGAUGAGUGGGAAUGGCUCCAAAUGCUUUCUGGCUUGGAAUCGGUGGAAAGUGUGGAUCAUGCUUCAGAUUGCCCUACUCGGUUGUUCUAUGAGCUCCAGAUGGCAGUGAAAGCUCUGCUCAAACAGAUCAAUCUACCUCUGCGACAGGCUAAGCACUUCCGUCUGUAUACACAGGAGGUGUUGGAGCUGGGUCACAAUGUCUCCUUUCUUCUCCUGUUCCCCGCCUCAGACGACGUCUGCACUGCCCCAGGACAGAAUAAUCCUUACACCCCACAUUCAGGAUUUCUUAACCUCCCUCUUCAGAUGUUUGAACUCGUUCAUUUUUGCUCUUACAAGGAGAAAUUUUUUAGUCUGUAUUGCCGCCUUUCUGCUAUCAUAGAGCUGGACUCUCUGAAAACCCAGCAGUCCCUAAGGGAAGCAAUUUCAGAUGGGGAAGUUGCUGCUGCCAAACAAAGACACCAGCAAGUUUUAGACUAUAUACAGCAAAUCGACGAGAUCUGGCGUGAAAUGAGAUGGAUCACAGAGGCGCUGCAGUAUGCCAGGUACAAACAGCCAGUGGCUGGCUUGCUCAUAACAAAGCUUGUGGACCUGUCGGAAGAGCAGAAUCAGAAGAAAAUAAAUUCAACAUCCUCUCAUCUAGAUUGUCUUCCAUCACCACCACCCUCACCAGAGAUCAGGAGCCAGAGGAGAAAAGCCCUGAGUGAUUCCCAGCCCUGCUCGGAUGAAGAAGGCUGCUCUGAAGUAUUUCUUCCAACUGACAGCGACUAUGAUUCUAGUGAUGCAUUGAGCCCCAGAGAACUGGAUUUGGUUUAUUCAUCCUCACAUGACAUAUCCCAACAGGCAGUGGGUGGUCUGGGUGGCAGUGCACCUGACGUCCUCCAGGUCCAUGAUAUGAAGCCUCACCUGACUUUGAAAGAAGACCCGAAAGGGGGAAGUGACUUGGAUGCCAGUGCUGAAUACUGCACGGAGUACAUGAACAGUCUGACCAUGGGAGAGUUCACGUCAAAAAGCCUGGACAAGACUUCCAACUCCAGGCAGCCUUUGAGUUUCCUGGGGAAAAAAAAAAAGCUAGGGAAACAUCAGCACUAUAAUUACUUCAGCCGGCACCAUCGCUGGCUGCGAGUGCACAGCGAGACGCAGCCCGCCUCUCUUUCUGAGGGUGUGUAUACACAGCAUCUCGCAGGAGCCACGGAAUUAUCACAGGAGCCUACCUCCAGCAAGCAAAUAAGGAUCCCCAUCGAUAGUCCUCGGAGCACUUUCUUACCUCAUGCUUCGAGCCUCCCAGAAGAUGGGAAAGGCAAGUACCAUGAAUCGAAGCCGAAUAUCCGUAGGAUCUAUGUGGAGCCCUACAAAACCACGUUAUUAGGCGAAGAGGGCAAGCCCUGGGUGCUGAGCAUGCAGUCUGUAGAACGCGGAGAUUUGCACGAUACCACAGGACAAGAAAUGGGUUUGGAUGAUCAAUCAAAUUCUCCCAUCUUUGAAGUAUUCAGUAGCACGCUUUAGGAGU